AAGGAGCCCCCGGCGGAACGCCUGCCCCCCCCCGCCGCCGCGCGGGCGAACACAGCCAGGGGGGGCCGGAGCGAGAGGGCCCCAGCCUCUGGGCCGCCGGGGCGGGCGCGAUGGCGAAGGCCCCGAACGACGAGGGGCUCGUGUUCGAGACGUCCGAGGACGAUGUCGAGGUGCUGCCCACCUUUGACGCCCUGGGCCUCAAGGAGGACCUGCUGCGGGGCGUCUACGCCUACGGCUUCGAGCGGCCGUCGGCCGUGCAGCAGAGGGCCGUCCUCCCCAUCCUGAAGGGCCGCGACGUCAUCGUGCAGUCGCAGAGCGGCACGGGCAAGACGUGCGUGUUCUGCUUGGGCGCGCUGCAGACGGUGGACACCAAGGAGCGGGAUCCGCAGGUGCUCUUCCUUUCGCCCACGCGCGAGCUGGCGGAGCAGAGCCAGAAGGUCUGCCUCGCGCUGGGCGACUACCUGAACGUGCAGGUGCACUGCUGCAUCGGCGGCAAACGCGUGUCCGAUGACAUUCACACCUUCGAGGCCGGCGUCCACAUCGUGUCCGGGACCCCGGGGCGAGUGUUCCACAUGAUCCAGCAGAGGCACUUCAGCACCCGCAAGAUCAAGAUGCUCGUCCUGGACGAGGCCGACGAGAUGCUCAACCGGGGCUUCAAGGAGCAGGUCUACGACAUCUACCGGUACCUGCCGCCCUCCACGCAGGUAGUGCUGGUGUCCGCCACAAUGCCGCACGAGGUCCUCGAGAUGACCCACAAGUUCAUGAACAACCCGUUCCGCGUGCUGGUGAAGCGCGACGAGCUGACCUUGGACGGCAUCAAGCAGUUCUUCGUCGCCAUCGAGCGCGAGCAGUGGAAGUUCGACACGCUCUGCGACCUCUACGAUACCCUGACCAUCACCCAGGCGGUGAUCUUCUGCAACACCAAGCAGAAGGUCGACUGGCUGACGCAGAAGAUGCGCGACGCGAACUUCACCGUCGCCGCCAUCCACGGCGACAUGCCCCAGAAGGAGCGCGACGCGAUCAUGCAGCAGUUCCGCUCGGGUUCCAGCCGGGUCUCGCCUCUUCCGUGAUCUCCACGGACCUGUGGGGCCGGGGGCUGGACGUGCAGCAGGUGUCCCUGGUGAUCUGCUACGACCUGCCCAACAACCGCGAGCUGUACAUCCACCGCAUCGGCCGCUCCGGCCGCUUCGGCCGCAAGGGCGUGGCGAUCAACUUCGUGAAGAAUGACGACAUCCGCAUCCUGCGCGACAUCGAGCAGUUCUACUCCACCCAGAUCGACGAGAUGCCGAUGAACGUGGCCGACCUGAUCUAAGCCGGGGGGAGAAAAGCACUGCAGAAGCACAAUCGACUACACGUGAGAGGGACAUUUCGCCUGAUUUUACUCCGGGUCAUUCUUGCGUGCAGCCGACGGGCGGAUGUCCUGGAUCUGCGCCAUCCCCCCAUGGCGGCGCCUCCAGCGCCGCCCCUGACGCGCUCCGUGCGUCAGCGAGGGGGGCCCGAGAAGCCCUCGCAGUCCUUCGAGGAGGAGCCCGGCCAGCCACUUUAUGUCAUUUACCUGUCCACUUUCGUGCAUGCGGGAGGCGGGCAAGCCGGAACAACAUAAGAUUGACAUCCACAUUUUGGGUGUACCGGCCUAUCCGCGGCUUUAGGCGUGUAGACUGUUGGACGUCGUGCUCUCCCCUCACGGCCUGCGGGCUGAUCCCAUCCCUUGUUCUAAUGCGUUCCAGGG